UGACGAUAAGCGGAAGUGUGACGUCAGCAGACGUGCUGUCAACAUUAGAGUUCGUCGAGUCGUGUUUUAGACAGAGCCCGACUCAUCAUGCCAGAACGCGAAUCUGAUGUUUACUCCAAUCCUCUGGCUCCGGAUGGCCAUGAGGUGGAGGAUCACCGCUCAGCGCUUCAAUCCAAGCUGACCAAUGAUGACUUCAGGAAGCUUCUGAUGACCCCGAGAUCUGCGCCGUCCUCCGCUCCACCCUCCAAAACACGCCACCAUGAGAUGCCACGGGAAUAUAAUGAGGAUGAGGAUCCUGCGGCUCGCAGGCGGAAGAAAAAAAGUUACUACGCUAAACUGCGGCAGCAGGAGAUGGAGCGAGAGCGCGAGCUGGCGGAGAAAUACCGUGACCGUGCUCGAGAAAGACGUGACGGUGUUAAUAAAGACUACGAGGAGACGGAGCUCAUCAGCACCACGGCCAACUAUCGAGCCGUGGGACCCACUGCGGAGGCGGACAAAUCGGCAGCAGAGAAAAGGCGUCAGCUGAUCCAGGAGUCUAAGUUCUUGGGUGGUGAUAUGGAGCACACUCACUUGGUGAAGGGUUUGGAUUUCGCCCUGCUGCAGAAGGUCAGAGCUGAAAUCACUAAUAAGGAGCGAGAAGAAGAGGACACGAUUGAGAAAGUGCAGAAGGAAGUCAAGAAAGAUGAAGAUCCAGAGCAGAAGAUUGAGUUCAAGACUCGUCUGGGACGCAACAUCUAUCGUAUCCUGUUCAAGGGUCGUCAGAUGGAGCGUAACGAGCUUUUCCUGCCGGGCCGCAUGGCGUAUGUGGUGGACCUGGAAGACGAGUAUGCAGACACAGACAUACCAACCACUCUCAUCCGCAGCAAAGCCGACUGCCCCACCAUGGAGGGUAAUAUAACACCAGAGAGGGAGAGAGAGAGAGAGCGAGAUCGUGACGAGGAGAAAAGACGACACAGUUACUUUGAGAAACCCCGAGCUGAUGAUGACGAGGCCGUGGACAUUGAUAAAGGUCCAGGCUCUGUGAAGGACCAGAUCAAGCUGAUCAAUGAGAAGUUUGCAGGAGCCGCUCACUUGCAGGGCCAGGAAGCUGGAAGCAGACGUGAAGAGAAGAAGCAUCUUGGAGAUUUCUUUGGGAUGUCAAACAGUUACGCCGAGUGCUACCCUGCCACAAUGGAUGAUCUGGCUGUGGACAGUGAUGAGGAGGUGGACUACAGCAAGAUGGACCAGGGUAAUAAGAAGGGUCCUUUGGGCCGCUGGGACUUUGACACGCAAGAAGAGUACAGCGACUACAUGAACAAGAAGGAGGCGCUUCCCAAGGCUGCCUUCCAGUACGGCAUCAAAAUGUCUGAGGGCCGAAAGACUCGCCGCUUUAAAGAAACCAACGAGAAGGCUGAGCUAGACCGACAGUGGAAGAAAAUCAGCGCUAUCAUUGAGAAGAGAAAGAAGAUGGAGGCAGAUGGGGUGAAUGUAAAACGGCCCAAAUAUUAAAGCUUCAAGAAUCCUUCCAGGUGCAUGUGUAUGAUGCACAUGUAUAAACCGUAAAUGAGUUGUGUUGUUUUUCUCAUUCUUCAUGAAUACAGUGGUAGAGAAAGGAUGUUAAAAGAUGCUCUAUUUUUUCGCGAGUUGUUUGGCAGAGUGUUUCAGAAUUAGAUGCAAUUGUGACACCAGAGCUUCUAGAAACUACAUGAUCCUUUAUCGUGACUUUUUAGUGUUGCCAAUUAUAUUGCAAACAUUGAUGGGGACAAAGCUCCCUGCAUAUCUAAGGCUUUGUCCUGGAAGUAAACGCAUCCUGUGACAUGAUCAAAUGCACAACUCCUGUUUGAACGCAUUUAUUCAUUAAUACAAAUGCAUGUAAUUGUCAUGUAAUUCUGUGUAACAAUAAAGCAUAACACACUCUGGAA